UAUUUUUUCCUUUUAAAACCCUCAACCUAUUUCUUCCACUUACGCGUAGGGUUUUCCAAAUUCUCUCUCCAAACAUCAACCGCCGCUGUUUUUGCCGAUCAAUUUUCCGGCGAAUUCCACCGUCGAAUUGUAGAGGAGAGAGAAAAUGGCAAUGGAAGUCGAGCCAAGUAACUAUACGAGGGAGGAACAGUAUCAUCUAAUGGAAGAUGUUACUUUUAGCGAUUCUGAUUUAGUUUCUCAUGUUCGUGACGCUCUUAAAUCCGCUUCAACGGAUGACAAUGGUAUUUACAGUGAACUCAUUGGGUUAUUACAUUACAAUGAUCAUCUCAAGCCUGAUGAAGUAGCUCUGCUUGUGACAAGUUUGAAGGCUAUAUCUGGAGCAGUUUCAUGCAUAGACAAUGUGCACCAUCGGAGUCUUCUAGACACUAUCUUUAGCAUGAACAUGUGGAGCUAUGGUCCUGAUGUCAUGGAUGCUUUGAUGGAACUAAUUAUAUCCCUGGCUGCCUCAAAUGGUAAACAUGUUGAUCUAUGCUUGGAUAUGCUUGUAUGCAACUUCAUACCGCCAAGGAGAUUUGUAGAAUCACUGAAGUCGCCAUAUGGCAUUGCAAGGAAGGACCGUGUUUUGGUUAGAGUCCAUUCUACCCUGGAAUAUAUUGCUGGCCUGGUUCCACUUGCCCCAUCAAGAUUGUUGCCCAUUGUGCUCCAGAGACUGCCAAGAGUUCAUCAAAAUUUGCAAGAACCUGCGGUGGUGAUGUUUGUGGAAAACAUGUUCAAGUUGGAAAGCGGUGCAAUUGGGGAGCUUGUUGGCAGUAAAACGCUUAUCAUGUCUGUCAUAGACAUGCUGAUAGAUUUUGAUGUGGAGAUUGGAUGGGAUGAUAUUCUAGAGGAGAACCCUCAUAAAGGCAUCUUUGAGCUGGAGUUAGAAGAUGAGCAGAUACUAGAUGAGGAUGAUGAUGAUGAUGGAGGUGAGUUUGUCAGAGAAACCUCGGGUCAGCGGCGUCUCUGGAAAAAAUAUGUAUCUGACAAAUUAGAAAAAUUGGACAGCCUUAUGGUUGUUACUUUUGAGCAUCUAAACUUUUGCAAAGAGAAUGGGCGCUUUGUUGAGGUAUUUGAAUCUCUCCUCCAGUCAUUUGAGAUAACAGUUUUGAACGCUUAUAAGUCCAAAUUUGCACAGUUUGUGAUCUUUUAUGCCUGUUCUCUGGAUCCUGAAAAUUCUGGCAUAAGAUAUGCUGAGUUUCUUGUUAAUAUGUUCAUUUCCAGCAGCUUCCCCCCACUUACCAGGAUGAGUGCUGUUGCUUAUUUAGCUAGUUUCAUGUCUCGUGGGAGGUUCCUGUCAACGUCUCUCGUGGUGAACAUUUUGGGAAGAGUUGCCAAGUGGUGCUCAGAUUAUGAUGGACUCGAAAAUGGCAAUUUAAAUCCAACAGCUCAUAGAUUGUUCUACGCCGGAUGUCAGGCCAUUAUGUAUGUUCUUUGUUUCCGAAUGAAAUCUAUUAUCGACAUUCCUCGUCUGAAAUCACAAAUUUCUGCUAUGCCCUUGAGACAAAUCUUUGUGAAUCAUCUGGAGCCAUUUAAGGUUUGUUUGCCAUCAAUUGUUGAAGAAUUUGUACAGCAAGCAAAAUCGGCUAAUUUACUUCAUGGUGGGACUCCCAUUUUCAAGGAUGUGCUGGAGUCUGAAUAUUCUAGAGCUUUUGGUGGGAUUGAGAGGCUUGACAUGUUCUUCCCGUUUGACCCAUGCUUAUUGAAGAAAAGUGACAGCUUCCUUCGCCCAAAUUUUGUAUAUUGGUCUAUGGUUCAAAAAUUAUAUGAAGAAGAUGAAGGCAGCAGUGAUGAGGAUGUUGAUGUGUUCUAUCCAGAUAUGAAUGGAGCAGCAUCCGGAGAUGCAGAUAUAGUAGAAGGCUUUGAAGAAAACGAUUAUCUCGACGAGUUUAAUGAUUCAUUGAACAAGAUGUCCAUCACACCAAAAGACUCUUUCCUUAAAAAGAAGUUUGGUCACACCCCUAUGCAGAUGCCUUCUAAACUCAGACCGUCUAUGAGUCCGGAAUCUUUGUGAUACAUCUUUUUUUUUUUGUUGGUGAAUUGUUCUUCUGAGGAACUUAAGAAGAGCCCAAUAAGUAGCAGCAGGGAGGAGAUGCGCCACAGUGAGAAAAGCCCAUUUGCCAAGGAGGCUCGCUCCGACAUCCAUUUGCUGAGGGCUCUUCUGAUCCCAAAAAGUGAGAAUUUGGGCUAGAAAUUUGGGGUGCCAGCAUAUUGUGUUGUAAUUUUCUGCAGUUUUGUUUGCUCAAAUUUCAGUUCAAAGGCUGUAGUUCAGCAAAUGUAAUAUUUUCAAAUUCUAAUGCCAAAAUUGAAGAUUAGAAUUAGCCUUUCUGGGUCCAAAAAUGUAAUCUAUAUGAUGAUGAAACCAUACUUGAAGUUGAACUAUAUUAUUGAUUUAAUGAAAAGUACGAUUAUUGGUAUUUUGUUGAAA